CGUACAUGCAGACAGUUUGAGGAGCGAGAUGCAGUUUCGGUCUUGUUUCGGAGCGCUCUUACCACGGGAUAAGCUAUGUACUGGCUCUUUUGCAUCAUUUGUCGUGCCGCUUCUUCAACAGGCAGCGCAGUUUGUGCCUUGCGGAGAGAAGCCAAUUCAUCAACUCGCAGCUGAGAGCUUGCGGUCACAUUCGGAGAGCAGCUUGGGGACAUCUGAUGAAGCUACCAGACGUGGGAAAGGUGCAGGUGGCCAAGCGGUGUUGCCCGGCUUCGUCACACGCGGACACGCACCCCGCAGUGCAGGGACCUCCCGGGGAACCGUGGCCGCGCAGCCGCAGGCACAGCUACCACGCGCAUUUCGCUCUUGCGUGCCGUAUUGGCAUGUGCAGGGUGGUAAUAUGCCGCGCAUCCUGCCGGGGCCCGCCCUCGGCAGUAGUAACAGCAGGUGCUGCAGCCUGGGCCCCGGCUAUGCCACCGCUACUGCCCGUAGCAGUCGAUCAGCGCAAAACCCAAAUGAUGUUGCGCAUGCGGGGGAACACGCAGCGGAGGAGGGAGCCGGGGCAGGGCCACCUCCUUCAGGUGCGGUAGGGGGCGCCAAUGCCACAGAGGUCCUGUCGCCUGCCCUCGAGGAGCGCUUGCGGCGGCACGCCGACCGCUUCGGGCAGCUCGAGGAGCAGUUAGCCAGCGGCGUUGGGGGCGGAGGAGCAGCCUCGGUGCGCGACGUGGGUCGCGAGUAUGCCCGGCUACAGCCUCUGGCACACGGCUACAGCCGGCUGCUGCAAGUGCGGGCAGAGCUGUCGGACCUGGCGGGGCUGGCGCGGGACCCUGACGCCGGCGUGCGUGCAAUGGCGGCGGACGAGGCGGCGGCGCUGCGGCAGGAGGCUGCGGACCUGACGCGGCGCCUGCUGCUGGCGCUGGUGCCGCCCGAGCCCUCCGCAUCCCGGCCGGCGCUGCUGGAGGUGCGGGCGGGCGCGGGCGGUGCCGAGGCGGCCUUGUUCGCGUCCGAGCUUCUGGCUAUGUACCGCCGACUGGCGCAGUCCCGUGGCUGGACGUGGGAGGUGCUGGAGCUGGGUAACUCGGAGCACGGUGGCGUGCGGCACGCCACGGUGGCCGUCAGCGACCCCGCCGCCCCCUCUGCAGCUGGCAGUAGCAGCAGCAGCAGCAGCAGCAGCAGCAGUGACAGAGGCGGCGACGCGGCGUCGGCAGGGGGCGAGGACGGGGGCGAGGGGGCAGGCGAGGGCGUGUACGGCGUUCUGAGUGGGGAGAGCGGCGUGCACCGGGUGCAGCGGGUGCCUGUGACGGAGGCGGGCGGGCGGUUGCACACAAGCACGGCGGCGGUGGUGGUGCUGCCGCAGGCCGACGAGGUGGAUGUGCGGCUGCGCGAGGAGGACCUGCGUGUGGAGACCAUGCGCGCCAGCGGGGCAGGCGGCCAGCACGUCAACGUGACGGACAGCGCCGUGCGCAUCACACACCUGCCCACAGGCCUGGUGGUCAGCUGCCAGAACGAGCGCAGCCAGCACCUCAACCGCGCAGCGGCGCUCAAGGUCUUGCGCUCCCGGCUGUAUGACCUGGAGGCGCAGCGGCGGGCGCGGCAGGCGGGCGAGCAGCGCUCAGCCCUGGUGGCCAGCGGCGAUCGCAGCGAGCGCGUACGCACCUACAACUUCCCACAGGGCCGCGUGACGGACCACCGCAUCCACCUGACCGUGCACGACCUGGGCUCAGUGCUGGAGGCGGGCGAGGGGCUGCAGCGGCUGAUGGCGGGGCUGAGGGCGGCGCGGGAGGAGGCGGCGCUGGCGGAGCUGCUGGAAGACGGGCGGCAGUAGGGGAUGCUGCCUGUGCGAGGGGUGCCUGUAUGGCGGCUGUUCAGCCUCCGAGUCGCCUCCCAUCCGGGCAUCCGGCAUGCCGUGAGGGCAGCAUGUGAGGAGCAUGUCGGCUCGGGGGGAAAGGUGGUGGGCGCUGUCCCCUGGCAUGUCGAGGACCGGGAGGUCAGAGGGAGGUGUGGGGAGCUAGGUCGCUCUGGCUUCAUGUGCAUAGGCAUGGGGGGCUCUUGUAGGCAGGGCCUUGGGCAGGAACCCCUCCGGCCGCAUUCCUCCAGGGGUUCUCCGCUUCCCAUGACGGCGCCCAGCUUGAGUUUGUAAUGCGAUGCUUUCUCCACUUUCUUCGAAUCGGGGCGACGCUGGAUGCCAAGGGAUUCGCUGGUGGAUUGCACAUUUGCACAUGCGCCGCAUGGAAGGAAAGCGGUUACUGCCAGGGGAAGAAGCCCACUGUGUCGAGGUGGUCGAGUGCGUGACGUUUCCGGGAUGGAGUUCCGGUCUGAGUUCGAGCUUUGUGUCGCUGCUUCGACCCUACGAUGCACGCGGCAAUAGAACUUACAUGUCAAGUUCCCGAGUGCAUAAGAAAUUUCGGGGCAAGAUCGCGUACGGCCAAGGUGGGGUCGUGGGGAGAGAUACUGGUGUGCCUUUUGCACAGCGUCGGACGAAAUCAUGGCAGGCUCACGCUUCCGAGUACGGUACCUAGUAUUGUCAAGCGGGUCCCACUCCGGGAAAAAGCGUGCCCCCAGGGAGGCGCCCACUGGAUGGCCCCGGGGAGAUUGUCCUUCAAGGAUGCCGAGGGAUGCCAUCACGUCACGUCCGGACUCGCCUCGUCUGGCUUGGAAGGCAGGGCAGCUGCUCAUCAACCAAGUCGACACCUCUCAUGUUGCUGUAUUAUGAAUGUAAUUGCUAAUUGCU